AUGGCUGCCAUCGCGAAAGCCGCCGCCAGCUUGGCCGCCAUCGCCUACCUCGAUGCCAAGCAUGGCCUCGCCAACGACAUACGCUUGGGCCGAGGCGCUUCCGGCGGAGAGAUCAGGCACAAGAUCCGCUCGUGGAGGAACAAGCUUUCGUUGUACGAGUAUUUCGACUACCAGGUGUCCAAGCGUCCUAACGCCAUCGCAUACGUUUACCUCGGCAAGUCCUUCACCUGGGCCGAAGUGGCUAAGGACGUCCACCGACUCGCCAACUACCUCCUCUCGCGCGGGCUCAAGCCAGGCGACCGCGUCGCCAUCUUCAUGGGCAACUCGGUCGCCAUCCUCGAAUGGUACUUUGCCUGCAUGGCCAUCAAUGUCAUCCCCGCUUUCAUCAACAAUUCGCUUACCGACAAAGGUCUCGUGCACUGUGUCACUGUCGCUCGUGCCAAGCUACUUGUCUAUGAGCCUUACCUCGAAGGCGUGGUGUCGGACGUGCAGGACGAGCUGCUCUCCACGUCACCAAUCGAAAACUUCCUCUGCUACAACGACGGCAUCACCCCCGUAGACGGCGACACAGAAAAGGCGCCCAUCGGCGUCGCGAAGCCGUUGGCCAAGAAGAUCGACUUUGGCCCUUCGGACCUGGCCAAGUACUCGCCCAAGCGCAUCGCGGACAAGUACCGCAAGGACGUCACCGAAUCGAGCACCGCCGCACUCAUCUACACGAGCGGUACCACGGGUUUACCCAAGGCCGCCCUCUGCUCGCACGGCCGCAUGGGCACCGCCGUCAGCGUCUGGCCCACGUUCAACCACUUUUCUGCAAAGGACCGCAUCUACACGCCCAUGCCGCUCUACCACUCGUCGGCGCUCUUCCUGUGCAUCGGCGCCUGCACGUGUUCCGGCAGCACUGUCAUCAUCGGACGCAAGUUCUCCGCGCGCAAGUACUGGGAGGAGGUGCGCAAGUACGACGCCACCGUGGUGCAGUACAUCGGCGAGAUCGCACGCUACCUGCUGGCUGUACCGCCGUCGCCGUUGGACAAGCAGCACAAGGUGCGCGUGGCGUACGGCAACGGUAUGCGACCGGACGUCUGGGAGAAGUUCCGAGAGCGAUACGGCGUCCGCACCAUCUCCGAGUUCUUUGCUUCCUCCGAGGGUAAUGGUGCGCUGAUCAACUACAACACGGGACCGUUUGGCGCUGGAGCCGUGGGAAGGAUGGGGACGUUGGCGACUAAGCUGCGACCGGACUUCAGGAUCAUCCGCGUCGAUGCAAUCACGGAGGACAUCUACCGUGACCCCAAGACGGGCCUGUGCGUCGAGUGCGCGCCCAACGAGCCGGGCGAGUUUGUGAUGCGCAUCGGCACUUCGUCGAUCUCCAAGUUCCAGGGGUAUGCGGACAACCCGGAAGCUACGAACAAGAAGGUGCUAAACGACGCGCUGGCCAAGGGCGACGCGUGGUUCCGUAGCGGCGACUUGAUGUCCAAGGACAAGGACGGCUUCUUCUACUUUGGCGAUCGUAUGGGCGAUACAUUCCGGUGGAGGAGCGAGAACGUCUCGACGCAGGAGGUGAGCAAUGCCUUGGGCCAGGUUGUCGGCGAGGCCAACGUGUACGGCGUGCUCGUGCCCAAACACGAUGGACGUGCCGGCUGUGCCGCCAUCCCCGCCGACGAGGCAGCGCGCAUCGACUGGAAGCACCUCGCCACCGUCGCCCGCAAGAGCCUCCCCAAGUACGCCGUCCCGCUCUUCAUCCGCAUCGUCCCCACCAUGGAGCAAACCGGCACUGUCAAGCAGCAGAAGGUCCAGCUCAGGAAUCAGGGCAUCGAGCACGACAAGUGCGGAAGCGACAGGCUGUACUGGUUGCCCCCCAACGCAGAUGCCUACCAACCCUUCUUGCCCGAGCACUACAAGUCGAUCGAAGCGGGCAGUGUGCGCCUGUGA